AUGGUUUGCGUGGGAUAUACUCUGGAGGUUUGGGUGCAAACAACGGUGAGUUGUGGGCGGCUCCCGUCGAGACAGCAGCUCCGCCUCCUCCUCUGUACCAUGAGCUCUGGCUCUGCACAGGAUGUGGCAGUCGAGCACUUCCUGCGUGACAUAGAGAGGCGGAGCAAGCGGCUGCACUGUGCUGUGAUUGGCUGCAGCGAGGAACGCUCCAGCGGCGACAUGAACCUGUUGUAUCGUAAGAGUCGCCUGGACUGGAGGCACAGGGACCCAGAGAGCAGCCGGAAGAGCUCUGUCCAGAAUGACCCGUCUGCCACCGUGGGCAAAGUCCGAGACCUAGCAUCAUUUCGGCGUCACUUCCGAAUGGGCUUCAUGACCAUGCCGGCCUCCCAGGACCUGUCCCCUCACUCAUGUGCCUCUGCCAUGGCUCCCCGCUCCCAGUCCUGCCACGCGGUCGGAGCCAGCGACAGCAGCCUGGAGAACGAAGACGACUACUCCGACACGCAGUCCCAGCAUGGAACCCGCUGCCCCCCGCACCCGGAGAGGAAGAAUUCUAUGAAGAAGUCGGACUCUGGCGAACUCUGCUCCAAAAAAGUUCCCCCACUGAAGCCCAAGAGAAGUCCAAGCACCCAGCUGACCUUCGAUGCCGUACCCCCACGUGUGCCUGCCUCCCUGCCUUUCCAGGGGGCUGACUCCCAGGUCCAGAUCGACGGGGAUGAUGAGCCCGUCUACAUAGAGAUGGUGGGACAGGUUUUUAGCAGAGAAAGCCAGACUGCCACCCCUCACCCAGUCACCCCUGUGGCCACCACCCCAGACUCUGACUCAGACCAGAGUGAAGCCAUUUACGAAGAGAUGAAGUAUCCCCAGCAGGAAAACAGGGACGGUCACAGACACCCCCCUCCCAAACAUGAAAAAGUCAAAUCCUCAAAGCACUACCAUCAAACACCAUCCUCGUCCAGUUCUUCCUCUCUGCCUCGCCCUUCCUCAUCAUCACCAUCUUACUCCAAGCCAAAAUCAAAUGUGUCAAUGUCCCACUCCUCACCCCUUCCCUCCUCUGCAUCUUCAACCCCAGUGCCCCAGGUUUUGUCGGCAAGCCCACACACCCCACGUGCACCCACUCCAUACCUUCUUCCAGGGAGUAAAUCGGAGUCUGAAUCCAGCACAAAAAUACCUGCUCCUUUCCCCAAUCUCCUCCAGCAUCGUCCCCCAUUACUGGCCUUCCCACAACCUGCCGCAGCCUCCAGUGGUGUGCAGAGUAAAACCUCUGCCAAAACGCAAUCGUCAAGUAGCUCUACGCAAGCCAGCUCUUCCUCGUCCACCUCCAACGCUCCUACAUCCCUCUCCAGUUCAAAAGAGUCGUCGAGUUCAUCGGACAAACACAAUCGGGACUCACAGCUCGGCCCCGCGCCAGGACUGAGAGCAAGAAGUCACUCCACGCCUCUCCCGCCGUCCUCCAAAUCCACCUCACCCUUUUCUCACCACCACCACCACCCACACCACCGGCCAUCGCACUAUCACCACUACCGCAAACCCGACAGAGGGGAUUCGCCCGCACCCACCAAGAGCAGUAGUGGACAGUCCACAAAUCAAGCAACAGUGCAGACACAGACCACAGGUUCGGGCAAAGAGAGCAAGUCUGUGAGCUUCCUCUUGAAGGAGAAAGGGGAGAAGGAUAAAGAUCGAGAUAAAGACAGGGAGAAGGAGCGAGGGGAGAGAGAGAGGGACAAAGGACGGGAGAGGGACAAGGACAGAGAAAGAGACCGAGAUCGAGACCGGGAUCGAGACAGAGACAGAGACAGAGAUCGAGAACGAGAGAGAGACAGAGAUCGAGAUCGAGAACGAGAGAGAGACAGAGAUCGAGAUCGGGACCGAGAUGGCGGACCACACUCUUUACCCAUAGACACCUCCUCUUCAUCAAACCAGACGUCCCAGAGCAGCACCAGCUCAACCCCCACGCCCCUGUCCUCAUCACAGCGGCCGCACUCUCGCCCCCAUCUGCGUUCACGCACGCCCCAUGGCCUGCCAGCAUACAAGCCCCCCUCUUCGGACAGCCCCCUGCUGUGGACUUACCCCUCUGGAGGAUUUCGAAGGCCCCCUGCGUACGAAAGUCUCCGAGCUGGAUCACAGACACCUUCUCUACAACAGCCCUCCAGCCUGACUGGGCUCUUGGAUGCACCCUCCAAAACCAACGGAGGAUCAGGGUCACUCCACUCCAAAGCUGGUUUUCUGCCCUGGGACAGCCACUGCAGCUUAGGAGCAGAUGAAAGCUCUUUCUGGCCCAUGCAGAGGAAACUCUCCUUCAGCCAUGGGAGCAGAGAUACCGACAAAGAAGAGGGCCGGUCCUGGAAUGGCAGUGCUGAUGCCUUGUUGCGGAUGGGUAAAGACGAGCUUGGGUCGAGAGGUCACUCUGGCAUUCCCAUUCAUUUCAGUGGCGCCAGUGGAAGGGCCCUGGGGUCCAGUGAGUCUCAUUCUGGGCUGGACAGUAGUUCAGGGUUCAGAGCUUUCCCCAGGGCAGGCCUGCCUAUGCCCUGCCAGACGUUUCCAUCCUGUCGCAAUGGAGAAGUGGGGCGGCUGGGCCGUUCUUCCUCUGCUGCUGGAGUCAGACAGGUGGGAGAUGUCCCAAGACAGAGCAGUCUGCCCACUCGAGACUCGCUGAAUCCGGGAUUGUCCUCAGCCUCCUGCAACAGCCCAAGCGUCUCCCGACAGCAGCAGCAACUCCAACUUCAUCAACAGCAGCUAAAACAGCAGCUGCAGCAGCUGCAGCAACAGCACCACCUACAGGUGCAGUUCCAGCAGCUGGCUCAGCUGGCCCAGGGUCAUUCCAGCAUGAGUGGGACCGCCCCAUCAGCAGCACAGACCCAGAGAGAUGGCAAACUACUGGAAGUGAUCGAGCGCAAACGCUGCCUGUGCAAAGAGAUCAAAGCCCACAGGCGUCCUGACAAGAGCUUGUGUAAGCAGGACAGCAUGCCCAUCCUCCCAAGUUGGAGGCGGACCCCUGAACCUCGCAAGACUGGUACACCACCCUGCCAGCGGCCGCAGGCUGUGGUGUGGGACACGGCUAUCUGA